AUGAAUAACGAAGACAAACCUAAAAAAGGAAAGGGAAAAGAGCAGAGCUGCGGAGAGAAAGUUACGAACAUAUUUUUUGGUAAUUCCAAGCAAAGCCGUGAAAUAAGACACUCUCAAGUUUAUGCAACAUUCUAAUCAGUUUUUGAGUUAAUCAACAUUCUACUAAACCAUAUUGUUUUUAAUUAUACACAAAACUUGUAAGCAAUUUUAUUCUUUGAUAUACUGUCAGUGUUGAUUAUUUUAUCUAAUAUGAUUCCUAAGCUUAAUGUAAAAUAUGGGUAUUAUAGAUUGACUCUGUUUAUGUAUGGGAUGAACUUUAUAGUCUAUAUAUUUGGAUUUGCUUAUUAUUUGAUGUAGAACUUCUAAUUUGUGAUAAAUAUAUGUAACGAUAUAUCUACGUAUUAUCAAAGUAUUAAUUAAUCUUCUUAUCCAUCUUAAAGUAUUUGCACUAGUUUAAAUUAAUACUAUUACAUCUGGAUAGGAGAAGUAGCCUUUAUAUUCAUUCUAAGGGCUUUCGGGUUAUAUAUUUACUAUAAAGCCUUUCAGAAUGCAUUCAAGAAAUAUUAAUAUGAAAAAACCAAAAAAGAUAGAAAAAAGAAGUUUCUUUUUAAAGCUCAAGAAAGAGAAGAAUAGAAAAAGAGAGAUAUUUAUUACAGAGACAUUUCAAAGAGGAAAUUAUGA